AGAAGCAGGCUAGAGAAAAAAAGAAGAAGAAGAAGAAGAAGAGCGCCGCCUUUGUUGUUGUUUGUUUGUUGUUGUUUGUUGUCGUCACUGCGUCUUUAUCCUCCGUUAGCGUCAUGGAUCCCGGGACCACCAUCCUGCGGGUGAAGCGGAAGAGAGGGACGGACCCCGCGGACGCGCUGCUGCUGGCCUGCAAGCGGAUCCGAGCCGAGUCCAGCGCCGCGCAGCCCGAACCCGAACCCGAACCCGAGCACGCGCGCAUCGAGAACUCCGUGUUCAAGCUCGUGGCCACGGUCGCCUCACAGGACGCCCCGGUGCAGACACACGUGCGUGAAGCUCUGUCACGUCCACGUCUCACACACGCCUUGCGUCCGUCUCACGGCAGCUCCAACAGGAUCAUCGGAGACUUACGCAACGCCAAAUGGAGCACCAGGCGAGAGGAGCGCUACCGGAUCCUGUCCAGCCACCGAGCCGGGCUUCCUGCAGAACCUCGCAAAGGACGAGAACCCGAAGAGAACGCUCAGGCGGACACGGAACCUCGUUUGGGAGACGUGCAGGUGUUUGAUCUCGUUCAGGAGGACUUCGAGGAGGAUGAGAAAGAUCCUGAGAAGAAUGUGAAGUCUGAUCCCGAGGCGAUUCUGUGUAACUCGGUGAAGAUGAUACGCGAGAAGCUGAGCGUGUCGACUCACGGAGCCGGGGCUGAACAUCGUGAGAAGGAGGACGACUACGUUUACGAUCUGUACUACCAGGAGACGGCCACGCCCGGCUGGAUUCAGGACAUCUUAUCAGUCAGACCUUACACUGAAGAAGGAGAGCUGGUACCUGAUGAGGUCGCUUGGGAGGAGGAAGUGUACGAGGAUGAGGAUGAUGAAAACGCUGAAAGCAACUGGAGGAACGAUUACCCAGACGAGGAAGACAGCAACGACGAGAGUAAUGAAGAGCGAUACGGAGGGUGUUGGAGCGAGGAGCACUCGUACAGCCGGAGGAGCUGGGAGCGCUAUCAGAGGGAGGUGAUGGAGGAGUUUGAUGAAGAUGGGGAUGAAGAUGCGGACAGAGAAGAAUAUGAUUCUGAUUGAGACUGUGUGUGUGUGUGUGUGUGUGUGUGUGUGUGUGUUUUUACUCCCAUGAUGAUGCCGUGUUGUGUUUGUGUGCCAGUUGAUGCGUAUAAUCCUGCGGAUGUUUUUUUUUUGCGUUGUGUUAGUGAGAUGCGUGAUGUUGCUGUGUUUAGUGGCUGAUGUGCAUGCUAGUGUGAUCAGAAGUGUGUGUGUGUGUGUGUGUGUGUGUGUGUGUGUGUGUGUUGUAUGUGUAAACAUUCCCAAAAAAAAAGGGGCAGUGUGAUUUCUUGUAAAUAUGUAGAUGUGUACAAACCUAAAUAAAAAAAAAA